GAGAAUCGCGACCUCCAAAAGCAGUUGAACGACUUGAAUCUCGAGCGCCGGACUGUGCAAAUCGAGUUGAACCGCAAGGGCGACCAAAUCGAAAGGGCGGAGACGUCGCUGAAAAAUCUCCAGGUCUCGCACCGGGAGCUGCAGGAUAUCCAUCGGACCAUGCGCAUCGAGCGGGACAAGCUCCGUGAGGAUGUGCAACGCUCGGACGACCGGCUGGCGAAGGAGACGGGACUCCGGAAGAGCUUGCAGCGGGGGGAGCAGACUCUGAUGGCGCAGAUCUCCGAGCUUACGCGCCAGCGGUUCGAGAGGGAGGAAGAGAUCGAAAAGCUCAAAAGUCUGCUUCAAGCGCAAGAGCAGCACAAUGCCGAGCAGCGGGUGACGGUGGACAAAUACCACGCCAUGGAAUCUGAGAUGAAGCUGAUGCAG